AUGUCGCCCAAGCGUCCCCCUACCUCUGGCGCUUCGACGCCCGGCUCCCAGAAGCCCGUCGCCAAGCCCGAACCGAAGCGCUCCAAGGGCGACAGCACCACCACGCAGGCGAACCCCUCUGCCUCCGACAAGCAGCUGUUCUUCGUGUUUGAAAGGCGCCGGGCGUUCGAGUUUGGCGAGGUCACCGACGAGAUAAACGGCCACGCCUACCUUGCCACCAGCAAACAGCGCGAACAGUACUUUGCUUACGCGCAGAGCAAGCGGGAGGCAGCCAAGACCAAGGCCGAGGACGCCGUGCGCGUCCACAAAAAGGCGAUGAAGGAUUACAUCGCCAGGGCCAAGGCAAAGGAAAAGGCGCAGGCGGAAAAAGCCGCAAAGGAGGCCGCAGACAAAGCGGCAUCGAAGAGCAAGAGCGAGGGGCUCGAAUCGAGCAGCGGAAUCUCGGGUCUUGGUGCGUCGUCCACCUCCGCCCUGGUGUCCAAGGCCACUUCUUCUUCCAAGGCCCAGGGUGGCUCAGCUUCCCCUCCUCUCCCGACCAAGGACACCUCGUCGAUUGACAUGGCCAAGGCCAGCCUCAAUGACCCGUCCGCUGCGUCCAAGUCGAGCGCCGACACCAACGAUAGCUCCACCUACAAGAGUCCCUACGUCUGCGACGAAGAGGACGAGGAGCAGGUGCAGGGCAUGGGCGACGAUGACGACAAAGACUGCAACGAGGACCAGGAGAGCGACGAAGACGAGGAGAACAACGAGGACGAGGAGAGCGACGAAGAAGAGGAGAGCAACGAGGACGAGGAGAGCGAUGAGGACGAGCAGACCGAAGAGGACGAGGAAAGCGACGAUGACGAGGAGAGCGACGACGACACCGAGACCGGUAGCGACAAUGUCUGCGACGCGAUCGAGAAGGCGGCCGACGAGGAGCACGCCAUACUGGGGGAGCCGAUCGGAGGAGCGAGGGGCUGGAUCUUCUAUCAAGACGCGCCGCCCAUGCGCGGCACCGAGAGGUACUACGCCUUCGACUGCGCCGACCGCGAGACGCUGGCCAUCGCCGUCGAGAUGGUCGGCCCGAGAAACACGUCGCGCGUGCCCUCGUGCCCGGACCUGGCCAACGGCGGCCUCCUGGUGCUGCACUAUGUCUCGUUUGACGCCGAGCACCGCGGUCGAGGUUACGGGAUGCGACUCUGCAGCGAGAUGCUGCGGCGCUUCGCCGGCUAUUGGACUCGCGCCCUUGUCUGGCCGGUCAUCCUCAAUACGAGCGAGGUCGAAGACAUGUCCAAGGAGCAGUACGCGCGCGCCAACGAGCGCCUGAUAAGCGCGUUCCGCCGCAUCGGCUUCCAGCCCCUCGGCGACACCAAGUAUCUUGUACAGGACGCGCGUGCCUUUGCGACGGCCUACUCCGACUUUCCCACCACCCGCAACCUCAGCGUCACGAUCGCCCCCCCGCUCUGCGCCUGCGUCGACGGAUUCAGCAAGAGGAUGCAGGCAGCGUUUGAGACGGCUGCCGAGCUCGCGUUCGACAUGUCGAUGGACGCGCUCGACUGGGUCGACCUUUCGCUGGACGACGGCAUGUGUGAGCCCAUCGCCUUCUUCCCCGACGGCCUUUCCCGCACCAAAACGCACGUGAAGGGCUUUUGCCACAUCAUCGGCACGAUCGGCGGCAUGGCCAAGCACGGAACGACGCCGGAGCCGAGCGUCGUCGAGCUGUGGCUCGAACAAGGCCGCUGGCACAACUAUCGCGAGGGCUUUUCCUGGGCUCAGUGGAGAAGCUACCUGCGCGACGGAGGCAGCGUCCUACAGGUCCUCGACCUACUCCUCUAUCGUGCUCAGUCCGGGACCGAUAUGGAGAUGGAGUGGCCCAUGAUGGGCGAGCGUCCGUUGCCCAAAGACGACCCGAAGACCCUCACCUGGCUCGACGCCCAUCUGCCGAAGUGCUACGAGCACGAUGCAGACUACGAAGGUCUCCGCCAUCGCUGGUGGACCUCGCACGGCAGGCCGGCUCACGUGCGUGGCCCCUACCGCGGCUACCUGGCGCGGGCCGAGGCCGCCGAAGACGAGGAUCCGAGCAAGAUGGUCGAGGGAGUGCCCGCAGGCAUCCUCUUCUUCUACCAGAGGGACUUUGGCGAGCUGCCGGCAUGGGCCAAGGAGAGGCUGGACAGCACGGGACAGCCGUGGAGCUUCGUCAACACCAGGGCGCCCUUCUGA